UUUGUUAUGUAUUCAGUCCGCACGCUUCUUGCGAAUGUUUGUUUAUGUUUUAGUUCGUCUUCUAAUAAAGUUUUUAAUAUGUUUAUUUUGUAUGUGCGCGUUUAACUUAUGUGCAACGAUGCACUCGAACACCCCGUCGGCGCGUACAUAACAGUGGCGACGAGAAAAAGUUAAUAUUGAGAACAUUUCCGCGCGAGUGCAGUGAAAGUGUUUCCAUCACGGAAGAGGCGGAAAAUUUCAGAAGCCGGCAUGUUUUCGCCUCCCGGUGAUAACCCGUCGGGAUCAGUGCCGCCGGUAAAUGGACUGCAGCAGACACAGCAGAGUCAAUUUCAGCAGCCGGGAGUGCCAAUGCAGAAUCAGCAGCCGCCGCCGAAUCCAAUCAUUCGACCAGGAUUAUUCCAACCCAGUGUUUCCCAAGCCAGUACACACGCACCACUGGGUCAACAGCAGCAAGUGCAAUCAAAUGUUUCGUCGAUUGAUCCGAUGAUGCUGCACUUCUUUCAGCAGAUGCAGCAGCAGUUCAACCUACAAUUUCAGCAGCAGCAGGCGUUUUUGAAGCAGCAGGAGGAAAUGUUCCGGACGGCCUUGUCGGCGAUCAGUGUUCAUGUACCGCCAAAUCCGGAGCAAAUUCUCGAUUCGCUAGCGAGUAACAUCCGCGAAUUCCGGUACGAGCCGGAUCAAAACGUAACCUUUGCUGGAUGGUACGUGCGGUACGAAGAUCUAUUCGCUAAAGACGCCGUUCGACUCGACGAUGAAGCCAAGGUGAGACUGCUGCUACGGAAGCUGGGCCCAUCGGAGCACGAGAGGUACACCAGUUACAUCCUACCGAAAAGCCCUAACGAAAUCCGAUUUGACGACACAGUGAAUAAACUGAAAAGUUUGUUCGGCAUGCCAGAGUCCGUGAUCAGCAGGCGAUAUCGGUGCUUGCAAGUCACAAAGCAAGCCGCCGAGGACUACAAAACGUUCGCCUGCCGGGUGAACAAACUCUGUGUCGAGUUCGAGUUGAGGAAGCUAUCGGAGGAUUAA